AAGGCCCAGGUGAUACAGACAGAGUGCCUCACAGACCCCAUUCUUCCCAAUCCAACUAUCCUUUAUAAAUAUUGACCUCUGUUUUUCAUCCAACAUUAUUAAUUCUCUUCCCUCACAGUGAUUCAGUCUCAGUUAAAACUCCUCCAACAACUCAUUUCAGUUUUCCAAGAAAAAACACACACUGUCAACUCUUUCUUUCUCUUUCCAACAUGUCUUCUGAAUCCACAUGCAAUCAAACUGUCCCACCUUUCUACUUAGAUGAGAAGUGGAAGUUAUCAUCAAAGAAUCAAGUAUCUUCCUCAAAUUCGAAGAAGAAGAAGAAUUUAACUCACCAUAGAAAGUGUGCUUUUGCUAGAAAGUGUGUUAGGCUUGUUGAAGAACAAAGAGCUCGUUUCUAUAUCAUGAGAAGAUGUGUUAUAAUGCUCAUAUGUUGGAAUGAUCAGUACAAUGAUUCAUAAGAUCAUGUUUUUGUGUACAUAGGUGUUGGAAUUUUCAUUGAACGAGGUUUAUGUUAAUGUUCCUGUUUAUGUUUAUGUUAGUGUUUUUAAUUUUGUUUUGUACUAUGUUGUUAGAAUUGGAAAAUAUAAAUGUUACUUAUAUAGCUUCAACACUAACUAAAUUGUCUUUCUUUUGUUAUCUAAAAUUUUCAUUUUUAUAUCAA